AACACAUCAACUUUUUCUUAUCUUCACAUUUUUGGCAAAAGAGCUCAUUUGCCUUAGCAUAGUGAUCCUAAUGGGGCUUCAUGAGUCCCUUUUUGGCAGAAUCUUCUCUGUUUCUUUGUUAUUAUUUGCAGUGAGCUUCUGCUAUGCUGAUGACAAGACAGUUCAGGUUGUUGGAUUUGGGGAAUGUGCUGAUUGCAAAGAGAGCAACAUAAAGACCAUUCAUGCUUUUCAAGGGCUUCGUGUUACCAUCAACUGCAGGAAUGGAAAUGGAGCAAUCAAAACAAGAGGAGAGGGAAAACUUGAUAAAGACGGAAAAUUCGAGGUGUUACUUCCUAAAGAGAUGGUGAAAGAUGGGAAAUUGAAAGAAGAUUGUUUUGCACAACUCCAUAGUGCAUCAGCUGCACCAUGUCCAACACACAAUGGCAUAGAAGCCUCCAAGAUUGUAUUCACCAAUUCAGAAAACAAUGAAAAACAGACAUUGAAACCAGUUGAAAAUCUAAAAUUCUCAACAACCUUAUGCACCUCUGCUUUCCUCUGGCCAUUCUUCAAGUUUCCACCAUUUCCAAAAUUUCCACCAUUUCCCUUAUACAAACAACCAUUUCUACCUCCAAUUCCAGCCAUCAAAAAGCCACCUCUACCUCCAAUUCCAACCUACACUAAGCCAACUCUACCUCCAAUCCCACCACUCUUGAAAAAACCAUUCCCUGAGAUUCCAAUCUUCAAAAAACCAUAGGAGGGCUUUAAAAGAAUAAUGCACAGACAUAUAGGCGGAUUCAAGAUUCGAAGUUAGUUGAUGUGCCUUUUAAUGUAUGUGUGUGUUUUUUUUUAAAUGGUUUAAUAAAACUUUU